AUGGAUGGCAUUGCACUUGAGCCACUGCCCAAGCAGCAACCGUGGCUAGAGCACGUCGACUCUGGCGGCGCCUUCAGCACCUCGCAAACGCCCGCUGCCUCUGUCCACCACGAAAGUCGUCCGAGCACUCCUCCAGCGUCCCCCGUCAGUAUUUCGGCCAUUGGCACCGCUUUAGCCGCACUUUCAUAUCUCAGCGGUGGCAUAUUCGUGCCCGUGUUUCGCAAGUACGCCUACCUCACCAAACACAUCGCCUUCGCCGGCCUCCUCAUCGCUGUCGCUAGCCUUCUCGCGGCAAGCUUUGCAAACGGUGUCCCUGCGCUCAUCGCUCUUCAAGGUGUCGGAGCUGGUCUGGGAGCCGGGCUGGCAUUCACACCGGUGCUUUUGCUCCUCCCACAGUGGUUCGACAAGAAAAGAGGCUUUGCCUCGGGCUUGAUCUUUUCCGGUUCGACACUCGGGGGUAUCACAUUCCCGUUCCUGUUUCAGGCUACACUGAGUCAGCUUGGAUGGAGGUGGUCGCUACGGAUCUACGCUGGCCUGAUGGUCGGGAGCGGAGGAGCGUGCAAACGAGAAAUUGAAGUAGGCUACUUUCUACAGGCUGCCACGGUGUUCGUGCUGUCCGCCGGCUACUUGAGCAUCUCGCUGUACAUUUCACUAUACAUCGAGACUGCAGGAAUGUCUACCACCGCCAUUGGCCAAUUGAUCCUUGGACAUGCCUGCGACCGCCUGCCAUACCCGCUGGUGACGAUGGUCGUCGGUACAGUUUCCUCUCUGUCCGCCUUGCUCCUUUUUGGACUGUCGACGAGCAUCUCCGCCAUUGUUGUUUUCAUCGUCCUCUUCGGAAUCUCUGCCGGUGGCUUUACAGCAACGUGGGCCGCGUCAUGCGGCGACGUGGCGCGCAUUCGGAACACACAAACGAGCUCGAUCCUGAUGAGCUAUGGUGCCAUCAAGGGAGUGGCGAGUCUCAUCGGCCCGCUGAUCGCAGCUGCUUUACUUGAGCAGUCGCAGCAGGGAGCUGCACCCGGUAAAGCGGUCUUCGGGAGCUAUGGCUACGCCGCGCUCAUCAUCUGGGUCGGCAGCUGCAUGGCAGCGACUGCUGCAUUAGGCGGCACACGACACACGGCACCGCACCCCCGAUCUGAUCACCAGCAUGUUAGCGGUCCACCGGGCUAUUGCACGCUUGCUCUGUCUGACGAGGGACAAGGUGAAGGCUUGACCUGUAGUCAAAUCGCGGUAAAGUCCGUACGAACUGGUCAGAGAAAUGUCAUAGUGUUCCCAUCGCGCUGCCAGUAUAAUCAGCAACAACAGGGCCGACCUCGCCGCCCAUCUGUAUCCUUGGUAUACCUUGAAGCGUCCACAGAUUACCGGAGCCGACGUUGUGGCUUCCUCGCACAUCUGCAGAUGCCGAUGGGAGGCGAGCGUUUCCACCAGCAAGCUUCCAAGCAAACCACAUUUUCAUCCUGGCUCUCCAUCCUUCUCUGCCUUAUCCAUUCUCGCAUCCCUCCUCUCGAUUCAAAAUGCAGUUCCUCAAGCUCAAUGUCUUUCUCGUCACCAUGGCCGCUGGCGGCGGCAUGGCUGCCCACCACCCAGCAGAUUACCAGCCGCGACGUCUCAAUGGAAGUUGUCAGCGCGAUGAACCAGUUCCAGCCUGUUCUGCAGAAAUACUACUCUGUGAUCAACGCCGUCCAGUCCGAGGCCGAGGUCACGACGGUGCUGACCAAUCUGAACAACGACCUCAAACCACUCGUCUCAAAGCUGCAGAGCCUUGCGGCCGACCUCAAGUCGAGCAAGAACACGAAGCGUGGCAUGGACCUCGAGAAAGCCGUCAUGCGCCUCAAGACCGAGUUCAACACAGAGCUGCCGCGAAUCUUCGACAUCGUCCAGCACCUCACCACAGACCUCGGCCUGUCGAGUAUCACUGACCUUGUGAUUGUCCUCGCGCCCCCGGUACUCGCUCAUUGCUGCCGCAGUGGACCUGCUGCUCUCCCUGGCCCCGGACUCCUUGAGCCUCGCCAACCCUUACUGACGGGCGUCGUUGCGCCCUCCGCUGGCCUCGUUCUGCACCUCGACGGCGACCCGAUCCAGAAGUUCGGCCUUGACACGCGAGCUUUGAAUACUCUCAUUGGCCAGCUCGGUCUCGUCAACGAUUUCGACCAGCUCGCCCAGACUCUCAGCAGCAAUUAG